AUGACCAAUCCUCAGCCUACAAUAGAAGGUGCUGUUUCAGAAGUUGAGAUAAUUUCACAACAAGUGGAAGAAGAGACCAAAAGCAUUGCUCCUGUACAGCUUGUUAAUUUUGCUUAUCGAGAUCUACCUUUAGCUGCACUUGAUCUGUCUGUGGCUGGAUCCCAGCUUUUGUCAAAUUUGGAUGAGGACUACCAAAGAGAAGGAUCUAACUGGCUAAAACCGUGCUGUGGGAGACGAGCAGCUGUGUGGCAGGUAUUUUUGCUCAGUGCAAGUCUCAACAGUUUCCUGGUAGCCUGUGUAGUAUUCGUGGUGGUUCUCCUGACUCUGGAACUCCUAAUAGAUAUAAAGCUUCUCCAGUUUUCAAGUGCUUCACAGUUUGCAGGAAUAAUUCACUGGAUCAGCCUAGUCAUCCUGUCUGUUUUCUUUUCAGAGACUAUUUUGAGGAUUGUGGUCCUUGGCAUAUGGGAUUACAUUGAAAACAAAAUAGAGGUGUUUGAUGGUGCUGUCAUAAUCCUAUCUUUGGCACCAAUGGUGGCCUCAACAGUGGCUAAUGGCCCCAGCAGCCCGUGGGAUGCUAUCAGCCUUAUUAUCACACUACGGAUAUGGAGAGUGAAGAGGAUCAUUGAUGCCUAUGUCCUUCCAGUGAAAGUAGAGAUGGAGAUGAUGAUUCAGCAAUAUGAGAAGGCAAAGGUUAUUCAAGAUGAGCAGCUGGAAAGACUAACCCAGAUCUGCCAAGAGCAAGGGUUUGAAAUCAGGCAGCUGAGGGCCCACCUUGCUCAGCAGGAUUUGGACCUGGCUGCAGAGAGAGAGGCUGCACUGCAGGUCCCACAUGUACUGAACAAACAGAGCACCAACAGGUACAAGGUGGUAGCAACUGAAGAUUCGGAUGAUGAAGCCACCGAGAACAUCACUGAGUUGCGACCUCCACGAG